UGAAAAUGAUGAAAAUGAAAAGGAAACAAUCUGCUUUACAACUGAAAACUCACCAAAAAAAAAAGAAAAAGAAAACGAAAGAAUGCCGUGGCCAUUCCUUGCAAUACAGCACAAAUACUUUAAAUCACCAAGUGUACCAAACAGUCAUGCCAUUCGCACUGUUUCAAAAUAUCGAUCUAAUUUUUGGCGAAGCUCACUCCGCACAAGAAAUG